UUAAUCAUUUGCAACACGAGCACAUUUUCCAGAGCACUGCGGAUGGAGGCCAGAUUCCCAGCAAUAACUUUGCAGACGCUCUAAUUUGACAAAAAGCAACAGAAGACAAACUGGUUUAGAACCACACCCUAAAGACUGAGUGGAAUCCUUCCAUAGCUCUGCAUCUAAAAAGCUCCUUUUUUUUUUAUCCUUGUAGACGAAACAACGUUUAUUCAACUGAGUCCGGCCCUUAGGACAGCAACCAUCUGCAACACAUUAGUUGUUUUUUUUAGGUCAAACAAAUAAACACAAACGAUUUCAGUUCGAAAAAGUUUUUGAAGUCAUAACUACCAACCUUUGUCGUCUUGGACAGGCAAAGACCACUGUGGGGAGGACAAGAAGAGAUCAUGAAGACAGCCAUCAAUGACAGACUUGAUGAAGCGGGUGUUGUUGAAGUCAGCAGACGGUUGCUGUCCUAAGGGCUGGACUCAGUUGGAUAAACGUUGUUUCAUCUACAAGGAGGAAGCGAGGAGCUUUUUAGAUGCAGAGAGCAUCUGCAACCUUCUCGGUGGGAAUCUGGUCUCCAUCCUAAGCAAUCUGGAGAAUGAGGUCGUGCUGGAAGUGAUUAAGUUGACGGCUGAUCCCGUUUCUGAAACCUGGAUCGGACUCCAUCAGGGGAUAGAGACGGACACCUUUCUCUGGACUGACGGCUCAGACUUUAAAUUUGAAUCUUUUGAGCUAAUGCUCAAUGCAGGAGAUUGUGCCGAGAUUGGAAAUAAUGAUGCACUCUGGAACCUGGACGACUGUACUGAAGAACACCCCUACGUUUGUGCCAGAGACGCUAAGUGCCCACACUGAUCAGUCUUCCUUUCCCACCACCCUGAUGACUCUUCUACAGGACGACCCCCACUUUAACAAUCUCUGGCUACUCAUUAGUAUUUUACACAGUCUGAUCGCUUUCUAAUUGAUUGCUGACAAACACGCAAGUUGAUGGUGCGUUGUGUCACAUUUAGGAACCUUGGCACACAAUCGGGGGAUUUGAUUCAACGUUACUCUUUUCAAUCUGAGGGGCAAAUGAAGUAUAUUUACUGCGAAGGCGGGGAAAAUGUGCAAAGGCUG